GUCACACUGCUUGUCGCUUUAUUUUUAUUCGUCCGCAUUGCAAAUAAAUAAAAUUAAACACACACAAUCUAUCAAAUUGCAAUCGGAGCAACAAGAGAACGAAUACUACCAGUGCGUAACCGACGACCCGACUCCCAAACUCGUGCAGAUUACGUCGCGGGCGGAGAAUUUGUUGGUGACGUCGCCGUCUAGGGCGUUGAGCAAACAAACGAAACGUAAAAAAGCGAAACGUGUAAACGUCGUAGAAAACGAUAAAGCAGACGAAAGAAAACGAAUCAAAUACGCAGCAGAUACAAUAGAGGAGACGCGAGAGAGAGCGAACGAACCAGCGGGCAACAGCUAAAGAAGCAACAAGAUUUGUUUAAAUCUGUUAAUUUUUAGAAUCUUUUUCGCAAUUUGUGUGCUUUAUAGUGUUUGUGUCUUGCGUGUGUGUGUGCUGUGGCGUGGGUUCCACAUAGAGUUUUGUAGAGCGCAACCCCAGUUCGAAAUCGUAUCGGUAAAUGCAGCGCCGCAAAAAUGUGCAGCCUAACUUUGAACAACAUUGUGAAUGUGACGCAGCAGGAUUUACACGACCUAUUAGAGAUUUUCGAAAAGAAAUCCUUCGAGGCGGCGGCCUUUGAGGAAGGCACAGCGGAGUACGAGAUCUCCAAGAAAUGCGAAUACCUGUUCAAACUCGACUACAGCCUCAUUGAGCUGGACAACUCGAAUGGCCUGCUCAGCCCGCGCUACCCUGGAAGGAUACUCAUACCCGAAUUCGAGCAUGGACACAUGGCCAAGACCCUGAUACCGGGCAAUGGAUUGUUCGGGGCAGGAGGCGGAUCCUCGGGUACAACGGCCACGGCAACGCCACUCAAUAGCAGCGCCGGCAGCAACUGCAGCGACGGUGUGGGCAUCCAAGCAUUUGUCACCUUUGCCAACCCCCUGCAGACCCCGGUCCAGCCUCAAUCACAGCAUCCUCAGCAGCAGCAGCAGCCGCCAACGACACAGCCCGCGCAGCAGAAUACCAUCUACGAGGACCAGUACGAUAUACAGCGGAUGAGGGAACUGGUCACGAUGGCCAAGUACGCGAGAUGCCGUCAAAGGUUCGCUGUUCCCGUGAUCAUGUAUCGGGGCAAGUACAUCUGUCGGUCGGCAACGCUGUCCGUGAUGCCGGAGACGUAUGGCCGCAAGGUAGUGGAUUAUGCGUACGACUGCCUCAGUGGCAAUUAUGCGACACCCAACGGGGAGGAGAACGAUGCCGACUCCACGGACGAGUCGCUGAUCAAUCACAUAAACGACCAGUCGCAGUCGCAGUUCAGCUACGACGAGGUCAUCAAGAGCGACAUCCAGCUGCUGCACACCCUCAAUGUGUCCACAAUUGUGGAUCUCAUGGUGGAGAACCGCAAGAUCAAAUACUUUAUGGCCGUAUCCUCAUCGGAGAAGGCUGAUCCCAGCAAUCAUUACAAGAGCUUCAAUCUGCUGUCGCUGCCGUAUCCGGGCUGCGAAUUCUUCAAGAAGUUCCGCGACAACAACUACAUGGCCAAGAAUCUGCACUACAACUGGAAGCAGUCGUUCAACGAUGCGAACAUUAAUAUACCCAAUCUGGGUCCCGCCGCCGACAUCGACAUCAUUUGGCCGGAGUACCGUGACUGGGAUCUGGUCUCCAUCACACAGAACUAUCUGCGGGCAACGCUCAAAUACAUACAGGAGGAUAACUCUGGCCUGCUCAUACACUGCAUCAGUGGCUGGGAUCGCACUCCGCUGUUUGUCUCGUUGGUGCGGCUCUCCCUCUGGGCGGAUGGACUCAUUCAUCAAUCACUGAACGCCAUGCAGAUGGCGUACUUUACACUGGCCUACGACUGGUACUUGUUUGGCCACCAAUUGCCAGAUCGCCUCAGGCGGGGCGAGGACAUCAUGUUCUUUUGCUUCCACGUGCUAAAGUUCAUCACGGACGAGGAGUAUAGCAUUGUGGAGCAUCGGAAGCGGACCAAGACCUCGAGCAGCAGCGGGAGCAGUGUCAUAGUCAUCAAGUCCGACUGCUGCGACGAUGAGCCGCUCAAGGAAGACUACAUCCUGGCCUUCGAUCAAGAUAGCAACGACAGCUAUUCAAACUGUUCCAACUGUGAUAUGUCCAUAACAGAUAACUUCUAUGCCACCACAACGGCAGCAGCUGCGCCAGUCAAUCCGCUGACCAGCAGGUCGCCCAACCCAAAGCGCUCCCGCACUAGCCCGAUAUCGGUGCCCGGCUCGAAUGCGCGACAGCGUCAGGAGUCGACAUCGUCGAACGGCAGCUGGCAGGUGGUCACAGACACCGGAUCCAUAGACUCCAUGAUGAACGGCAGCUACAUGAUGCGUUUUGUGGCGCAACAGACGGCGGAAGCCACCUCGAACAUUCCCAUCUGCAAUGGCGGCAACGGCUAUCACUGCAGCAACAACACAACAACUGCCAUGGGCAGCGGCAGCGGCAGCGGUAGCAGCAUCAGCAAUGGCAGCAACACAACGCACGGUUUCCCAAACGGUUCCUCCAAAGAUGUCGGUGGCAGCACAACUUCCAGCAAGCAGUGCAUCAACUUACGAAAGCAACGCCUCAAUGCGGUGCGAGCCAUCUUCAUACAAGCGUACGGCAAGACAAUUGGACUGAAAUUCAAAGAGGGCUCCUCCAUGAACCUGGCCACGUUCAUUGGCAAUCUGGCGGAUCAGCUGUUCUGAGCAGACCUUCUUCGACCUGUUGCAAUCGACCUUGUUUGUGUUAGCUUUCCGCCUGUUUGUUUGUUUGUUUCUUGUUAUAGUGGUGCGCUUGUCCACAUUGACUGUAUUUCGUAGACCUACCUGUUGAAUUGAUUGCGUUCUUGCGACUGUUUGUUGAAUAUGUAUGUAAUGGCCUCUAAUGAUAAGCAUCAAAUGAACCUAAGUGUAAACCAGUUCCGGCAGGGAACUAGGCAACCCUACAACUCCUAGAUAACAUGCAUAGUACAACUAGUUCUCUUCAGUCCUUGUCCGUUAUCCCGCCUGCCACAUCUAGUUCCAGCUCCAGCUCCUACCCCCAAUUCCGCUCCCGCAAAUAUUUGUGUUUUGUUUUGUUACUGGUUCAUCGAGCAUGCGAAGCAAACGAAAUAUGAAAGAAACCAAUUCGGAUUAAAGAAUAGCCUUAAGUUGUAAUUUAUAGUAAUGUAUUUUUUAAAAUAAACUUAUGUGCAUUUGAUGUAAAUUUA